ACACCAUUCCUACGCCGGGACACCAUCGUCGACCAACCCGUCGGCCGUCCUCCACCGGACUGCUGGGAAGGAAAGUUGCGCCAGCCGAUCCAAGGUGGUAGCCGCGGGCAUGGGCAAGCACGAUCACCACCACUACGACGUGGAGGCGUGCUACCCGUCGGGGCCCGACGGGUACAUGAUCGAGAGCCCGGAGCUGCGCUGGGCCUUCAUCCGCAAGGUGUACGUGAUCGUCUCCCUCCAGAUGCUCGUCACCGUGGCCGUCGCCGCCGCCAUGAACCUAACCGACUCCGUCCGGACCUUCUUCCUCUCCCGCACCCCCGCCGCCCUCGGCGCCUUCAUCGUCAUCCUCAUCUCCCCCCUGCUCGUGAUGCUGCCGAUGGUCUACUUCCGGAAGAAGCACCCGGUGAACCUGGUGUUCCUGGGCAUCUUCACCGUGUGCAUCAGCCUGUCGAUAGGGCUGGGGUGCCUCACCAAGCGCGGGCCCAUCAUCUUCGAGGCGGCCGGCAUGACGCUCGUCGUCGUGGUCUCGCUCACCGCCUACACCUUCUGGGCGGCCAAGCGCGGACACGACUUCGAGUUCCUCGGCCCCUUCCUCUUCGCCGCGUGCGUCAUCCUCCUCCUCUACGCCAUCGUCAUUGUGCUCUUCCCCAUGGGCAAGACGACGGUGCUCGUCUAUGGCUGCAUCGCCGCGCUCAUCUUCUCCGCCUUCAUCAUCUACGACACCGACAACCUCAUCAAGCGCUACACCUACGACGAGUAUGUCGCCGCCUCCAUUACCCUCUACCUCGACAUCAUCAACCUCUUCAGGGCCAUCCUAAUCGCCCUCGAGGCCGCCGACUGAUCUUGAUCCUGGCAACCAGCCAAACCUAACAUGAUGAUUCGUUCGUCUCUGCCUGCCUGGCACAUGUAUGUAUGCUAACCUAGAUACCGUAUGUAGAUUGCCAUGUAUGGAAACUUAUUACGUGCUCUCAACAUAAGUCACUGUGAUCGGACAUCGACAGAAAUAUAGUAUUGCCAAUCCAAUCAACAUUUUCCGCCGCGACGAACAUGGAAUGAUCAUCAACAAGCCAAGGCAAGCAUCAUCAACACCAAAACUCUCAAGGGAAAAGGGAUAUGGAUAUGAAUUUUCUCACCAAGGAACAUCGUUUCGUUUGCCAAACAAGCCCACACACAGAAAUUGCAGCCUACAGGAGGCUAACUGGGCUCUUAAAUACCUCAUGUGUAAAAUAGGGGCACAAAGUUGCCAGCAUCAAC